AUGCCAAUACAGCGUCUCCAAACAGUAAGGCACACACACCCUGACCCAUUCCGUAGUAGCGGCAACAGCGCUGCUCAAGAACAAGGCGACUGGAAGCAGCAGCAAGAACAACAAGACCAGUCGCAACAAUUGGCGUGGCGCACUGAACAUUACACAACUCCUGGGCAGCAACUUGCACAUAAAACGACCUGUGAGCAGUUUCAAAGACAGGGCCAGCAGAAUGGCGCGCAAGAGCAGGAGCAACGGGAGCAGGGGCAGGCAGAACAGCAGCAACGGAAGCACGAACAAGUGCAGCAGCUUGAAGAGCUGGAGCAGGAGCAGAAGCAACAGCGGUCAGAGCAAGCCGAAAUGCUUCCACAGCAAAAGAAACAACAAAAGCAGCAAAAGCAGCGCAACUCAUGUGAAUGCAAGGCCCCAGGGAAGUAG